AUGGCCAGUCCCACUGUUCUCACUUUUGAUGCCGAGGGCCGACCGAUUAAGUUUGAUGUCUGGCUAGAUGACCUUCACCUGUUCCUCCAGAUCACUGCCAAGGACGACGUUUCCCUAUAUGACCACACUCCCGGCGCUGCCCCCGCACCUGCUGCUACUGCUGACAGUAGUGCUCGCUUAAUGUGGAAGACUCGUGACGCCCAUGCUCGUCUAGCCGUUUGCAGUCACCUGCUGUUAGAUGAGCGCGAGCACUUCGGCCAGCAUAAGACCGCUAAGGAGCUGUACGAUGCUGUAGUUGCACGCUACUCCUCCCCUGCCACUGCUGCGAUAGGCCGUCUUUCACUGCCCUAUCUCUUCCCAGAUCUGUCUGCCUUUGCCACUGUAGCUGACCUCAUCACUCACCUCCGUACUAGUGAUCUCCACUACCACCUCACUGUCGACCUCCUCGAGAAGGAACUCCUUGCAGCCGAGAAGAGCAUUGUAGAUGUAGGUGCCUCUUGUGGCGACCCUCGCACUCCCUUCUUUGAGGGAUGUUCCCCCUCCCCCCUUCUCCCCUCCAUUGCAUCUGCUGCUGCUGUCGACUUCCUAGGUGCUGAGGGGGUCGCAGCUGCGUACGCCCCCAGUGGGCGCUGCAAGGGCGGCAGGGGCAAGGGAGGCCGGGGUGGCGGAGGUGGCGGCGGGGGAUGCAGUGGUGGAGGGGGUGGAGGGGGCGACAGAGGUGGCGGCGGUGGUGGGAGUGGUGCUAGUGGUGGGGGGGGGGGCGGUGGCGGAACCAAGGGUGGUGGAGGCGGCGGUGGUGGAGGUGGCGGGGGUGGUGGUGGCGGCGGUGGUGGAGGUGGCGGGGGUGGUGGUGGCGGCGGUGGUGGCGGUGGAGCUGGUGGAGGGCGCGGUGGAGCGGUGCAGCGUGGCGGGCUCGGCGGCGGCCAGAGGCAGCAGCAGCAGCGUCCCAGCGAGACCCCGUCGCUCUAG